AUGGUUUGGGGUCUUAGAGGUCUUUCAUCCGGGCCAUUGCAGUCCUUGGCCGAAAAAUGGGUUAGGUCAUUGAGUGCUAGUUCUCUACCGCUCCGGUUGUUUACUAUUAGAUUCGAUAGGUCAAGUGGCCCUGGUGGUCAAAAGGUUAAUAAGACCAAUAGUAAAUGUACUUUAGUUUUAUACCAUUUCUCUCUAUGUUCGUGGAUUCCUGAAGAAGUCAGGCGACAAUUGAAGGAAAAACCUAUUAGAUAUUAUGCAAGAAGUAGCGAUUCGUUGGUGGUACAAUCAGAUGAAGAGCGUUCAAGAGAGCUGAAUAAGCAAUUGUGCCUCGAGAAACUAGUUCGUGAAAUAAAAAAUAGUUGUUGGUUUCCCAAAGAGACAGAUGAAGCAACUUUACAGAAAUGGAAAGUUGUCAAGACGAAGGCGAAAGUAGGUCGACUUAAGGAGAAGAAGCAGAAUAGUGACAAGAAAAAACUACGUAACAAAUCUGGAUUUAUAUUUUGA